AUGAUCAACUGUAAAAAUAAUUACAAGCCUAGUAGUUAUGUCACAAUUGAUGAACAGUUGGUCGGCUUUAGAGGACGAUGUCCUUUCAGAAUGUAUAUCCCUUCAAAACCUACAAGAUACGGAAUUAAAAUUGUUAUGAUGUGUGACAAUUCAACUAAGUAUGUCAUUGAUUCGAUUCCGUACUUGAGUAAAGGAACUGUACCAAACGGACAAGUUGCAGCUGAUUUCUAUGUUAAAAAUUUAAUUAAAUCUAUUAAAGGUUCUAAUCGUAACCUUACAAUGGACAAUUGGUUUUGCAAUGUACCACUUAUUCUAUCACUUUUACAUGACGAUAAGCUAACGGUUAUAGGAACAAUUAAAAAAAACAAAAGAGAACUUCCAACUCAGUUCACUGAUAUUAAAUUUCAAAAUAGAACUUCCGAUACAUCGUUUUUUCUAUUUCAUGAAGAUAUUACGGUUGUUUCUUACAAACCAAAUCAAAGUAAACUUGUGACAUUGAUUUCAUCGGCACAUCACGAUUCAUCGAUUGAUCCAACUACAAAAAAACCCGAGAUAGUAUUGAACUAUAAUUCUAAAAAAGGUGGGGUGGAUUCAUUUGACCAGAUGACUAACAAUAUGAACUGCAGUCGCAAAACCAAACGUUGGCCUUUAUGUUUUUUUUAUAAUAUGUUAAAUAUAGCUAAUGUCAAUGCGUAUGUUAUUUACACUCAUAACUUUUACAAUAAAAAUAAAAACGAUGAAAAACCAAUGUCUAGAUUACAAUUUAUGUUAUCUUUACACAAAGAACUAACUAACGAAUGGCAACGACAUAGAUUGAGUCUUCCAAAAAUUAGCAGAGAACUUAGAACUAACAUCCAAGACGCGUUAGAAGAAAAGCAAGUACCAAUCAACGACAAACCCCAACAUGGUCCUCGAAAGUAUUGCGAUUAUUGUUCUUAUAAAAAAAGAAGACUCACAACCACAUACUGCAUUGAAUGCCAGAGACCAAUUUGUGGAGAGCAUCAAAAAAAAAAAUGUCUAGAAUGUUAA